UGUAACGGCCGCGCACUGCGCGUGUCAGGAUACGGGGGCUCCUUGAAGACGCGCCGGGCCGCCUCUUGUUUUGCGUGGCGAGCCCGUGAGUGAGCAAGUGUGGCUUGCAUCGCUGAUUGGAGUCCUCGCCCCCGACCGGGGGAGACCGCCCGGGGUUCUUCAGGUGUCUUAUAAAAGCGGCGCGUCGCCCUUGCGUCGGCUUCUGCAGUUGGGCUUCGGGGAGGAAUGUACGAGCACGAGUGGUUCGUGCGAGACACUUGCUGCACCUUCAGAGUCGAGAGCGAAUAUGUGUCCGGCUACUACGUCCAGCAGCGGCCGUGGUCUCCGACCAAGAGACGGGGUCCCAUUUCGUCGGACUUCAAGACGCCCGGUCCGGGGGCCUUCUCCAUCCCGUCCACCAUAGGUGACAGGGCAAGCACAAAUGUCACGAAAGGGCAGAAGGCUCCAGCGUUCACUUUCGGAACCAAGACGGAGGAGAAGCGCGACCUCUUCGUCCCGGGUCCCGGCACGUACAACAUCGCGGGUCUCUCCGAGAAGGGAAAGGAGACCGUGGCAGCUCCCACCAUGGCGCCCAAGCUGCGGGAGCCCGAGGGAUUCAAGACGCCUGCGCCGGGGGCCUACAACCCGGAGAAGGCCGAGCAGUGCGUGCUCAGCGCCGCGCCUAUGUACACCUUCGGCGCAAAGAUCAGGGACCCAAAACCCGCCGACAUACCCGAGGCCGACCGCCCAAGCCAAGAAGAAACUCACCGCCGCCCACAGCUCGUCCACCGAAACAGACGAGCGCCCCGCUACUCCUUCGGCCUCAAACUUAAGAGCCUCUUUCGACCCAACGACAACCCCGCUCCGGGUGUUUACGACAUCGACAAGGGAGACUCGGUGGUCUACCCGAAAUCACCCAGCUUCUCGAUACGACGACGACUCCGCGAACCUAGCCCCGAAGAACUACCAGCCCCUUGUGACUACCGGCCAGAGAAAGCCGACAGCACUGUCUAUCCGAAGUCGCCCAGCUACUCGAUACGGCGAAAGGAGACGCUGCGAGAACCAGAAAUUUUUCAAUUUCCCGCUCCAGGAGAUUACGAAACAGCCAAGGCGGAGAGUGUCACAUUUCCCAAGUCACCAGAGUUUGGCAUUGCCGGCAAGCUGAAGGAACCAAAGCAAGAAGGACUUGAAUUUCCGGGUCCUGGAUCGUACGAUGGUGCAAAAGUGUACGACAGCUCUCACACCAGGCCACCGGAGUAUUCCUUCGGCAGGCGCUUGAAGGAAUCGAAAACCGAAGACUUCCCUGCACCUGGAGCUUACGACGUAACCCGAGCCGACGGGGCUGUGUACACCCGAUCACAAGAGCACACGAUGGCGUACAGACUGAGGGGAACGUCAUCAGACAGCGCUGAAUUUCCCGCCCCAGGAGACUACGACACGACGAAGGCGGACGCGGCAGUCUUCUCAAGAGCCCCACAGUUCAGUCUGGCCGAGAGACUACAACACGAAGCACCAGAAUCGGUCGACUUUCCUGGCCCAGCGGACUACGACGUAAGCACACGAAAGACAACGGCAGCCUACCGAUCGCCUCAGUACAGCUUCGGAUUAAAGGUUAAAGAGAAGCCUCCGGAUUCGCUGAAGUUCCCAGGUCCGGGAGAGUACAGUCCAGACAGAGCAGACCGCAUGGUGCGCACUAGGUCGCCAGAAUACCACAUAGGGUCAAAGUUAAAAGAAAAGCCUCCCGAGCAUUUUGACUACCCCGGGCCCAGCGAAUACCACUCAGAAAGAGCGGACCAAGUGACCAGAAGCCGCUCCCCACGAUACAGGUUCGGUGUCAAAAUAACAGACAGGCCACCGGAAUCUCUGCAAUAUCCGGGCCCCGGUGAAUACAACGUCGACAAAGCUGAUCACGCGACAAGGAGUCGGUCGCCCCAACACCGCAUUGGCAUCAAGUUAAAGGACAGGUCACCAGAUUCUCUGUACUACCCGGGUCCUGGUGAAUACAAUGCCGACAGAGCAGACCAUAUUACUAGAAGCCGCUCGCCGCAGCACCGCAUUGGAAUCAAGAUAAAAGAAAGGUCACCGGAAUCUCUGCGGUAUCCUGGGCCAGGCGAAUACAACGGCGACAGAGCAUACAACGUGACCAGAAGCCGCUCACCGCAACACCAGAUUGCCUGCAAGCUAAAAGAAAGGUCACCGGACUCGAUUCAUUUUCCUGGUCCUGGGGAAUACAAUGUGGACAGAGCGGACCACGUCACAAGAAGUCGGUCACCACAGCAUAGAAUAGGUGUCAAGAUAAAAGACAAGCCACAAGAGUCUCUAGGCUACCCGGGACCUGGUGAAUAUAACAUCGAUAAAGCAGACCACAUGACGAGAAGACGCUCACCCCAACACCAGAUGGGUGUGAAACUAAAAGACAAGCCCCCAGAAUCUUUACAUUACCCAGGACCAGGGGAAUACUGUGCGGAAAGAGCAGACCACUUGAUCAGAAGUCACUCACCGCAGCACAAAAUUGGAGUCAAGCUUAAAGACAAGCCACCAGAAUGUCUGGGCUAUCCGGGCCCAGGGGAAUAUAAUGUGGAAAAAGCAGAUCACGUGACAAGGAGUCGUUCGCCGCAGCACAGGAUUGGCGUCAAGCCGACAGAGACGUCACCGGAAUCUCUUCAUUACCCUGGUCCGGGAGAAUACGACGUGGGCAAAGCAGACCAUGUUACGAGAAGUCGCCCGCCGGAGCACCAUAUUGGCAUGAAGCUAAAAGAGAAAGCACCAGAAUCUGUGCAGUAUCCUGGUCCCGGCGAAUACAGCGUGGAAAGAGCAGAACAAAUCACAAGAAGUCGAUCCCCACAGCACCGAAUUGGAGCCAAGCUAAAAGACAGGCCACCGGAAUCACAUGACUAUCCCGGUCCUGCACAGUACGACGUGGAAAAAGCCGACCGGGCUGUCCACGCUCACUUUCCUUGUCACAGGAUUGGCGCCAGGUUAGGAGAGAGAAGACCAGAUUCACUGGAUUACCCUGGUCCUGGAGAGUACAACGUAGAAAAGGCCGAUAGAGUUGCACGCAGCCACUCCCCAGAAUACAAGAUUGGGGCCAAGUUAAAGGAGAGGAGACCAGAUUCAUUGGAUUACCCUGGUCCUGGAGAGUACAACCUAGAAAAGGCCGAUAGAGUUGCACGCAGUCACUCCCCAGAAUACAAGAUUGGGGCCAAGUUAAAGGAGAGGAGACCAGAUUCAUGGGAUUACCCUGGUCCUGGAGAGUACAACAUAGAAAAGGCCGAUAAAGUGGCACGCAGCCACUCUCCAGAAUACAAGAUUGGUGCCAAGUUAAAGGACAGGAGACCAGAUUCAUUGGACUACCCUGGUCCUGGAGAGUACAACAUAGAAAAUGCCGAUAGAGUUGCACGCAGCCACUCCCCAGAAUACAAGAUUGGUGCCAAGUUAAAGGACAGGAGACCGGACUCAUUGGAUUAUCCUGGUCCUGGAAAGUACAGCAUAGAAAAGGCCGAUAGAGUUGUACGUGGCCACUCCCCAGAAUACAAGAUUGGCGUCAGGCUAAAGGAGAGGAGACCGGAUUCAUUGGAUUACCCUGAAUACAAGAUUGGCAUUAAGCUAAAGGAGAGAAGGCUGGAUUCAUGGGAUUACCCUGGUCCUGGAGAAUACAACAUAGAAAAGGCCGAUAGAGUUACACGCAGCCACUCUCCGGAGUACAGCGUCGGCGUGAAAAUAGAAGAAAGACCGCCCGACUCCUUGAAUUAUCCCGGUCCUGCAGAGUACUACGUUGAAAAGGCUGACAGGAUGGUACGAAGCCAUUCUCCUGAACACGUCAUCGGCAUGAAAUUGAAAGAAAGCCUUCCAGAUUCACUGGAAUUUCCUGCUCCUUGUGACUACGACAUCUCCAAGGGAGACAAUGUAGUGUACGGCUCCCCUCCCAGGUAUACGAUAGGAUUUAGGCCUCCUCAGCCAAUGCCAGAUUAUACGAGCUUCCCAGCGCCUGGCGAUUACAGUAUUUCAAGAAGCGAAGGCACGCUUUAUCCGGGCUCUCCUAAAUUUAGUCUAGGAAUGAAAUUGAAGGACAGGCCUCCAGACCACGUCGAUUAUCCAGCACCGUCCGACUACAGCCCUGGCAAAGGCGUAAGCUUCGUAAAGGAGAGGUCCCCGAAAUUCACGUUCGGUUUCAGACUAAGACCCUCCAAGCCAUACAACUACGAUUACCCAGCACCUGGAGAGUACGAUCCUGAUAGGGCGAAGGAAUUAGUUUAUCCCAAGUCUCCACGCUUCAGUAUUCGUUCGAGACUUAAGGAACGGCUACCGGACAACGUAGCGUUUCCAGCACCAGGUACGUACGACCCUGACAAAGGCAAUCCUGCUAUGUUCGGAUUGCCACCAAGAACUAAAUCAAGGAGCCCGAAAAGGUCAAGGUCUCACGAUUUUGAAGACAAACGGGCAACAACAUCGCCUCAUGAAAGAACAAGCAAAAGGAGCAGUUCAUUCCGAAUUGUGAGAACGACAGAAGAGACGGCUGGUGAGCACGAUUUGAAAGGCUCGGCGCAGACAAUAAAACGAAGUCGUUCUCUUAGUGGACCUCGACCAAAGGACUCAGUCGUAAGAAAUGGAAAAGACAAAGCAAAAAUGGUGACGUCAGAAUCACCAAAACCUACGAGACGGAGUGGAUCAUUUCGAUUGACGCGACAAUCCGAAUUCGACGCCGCUGACGUUCACGCUAAGAGUUCGAAGGAGACAACACAAGAACAGCGUUCUUUUAGGGUUAUUCGCAAACAAAGAACCGGGGUAGAAGAAGGAGAGCCACCACAGGUGGAAGUUAUCGUUUCCGAAAAAACAACGACUGACCGAAGCACACCGGAGGAUGCCACGAAGAAAAAAGCUGAGUUAAAAGCAGCCGUAAGAGAGCCACCGGGCUCAAGGGUUGGAACGAAGAAGGGCACAUUCCUUCGAUCUCUCCGGAGAAAGCUGGACGGUACAGAAGACAUCUCUCGGACGUGUAAGGUGGUUAAGGAGCCCACUACACAGAAAGAGGCCGAUCGCGUAGUGCUUAAGAAGACAGAGGAACACCGAGAGCGGAUCAUCGCUGCUAGUCAUGCGGGAGCUAUGCCUCGGAGAAGUCGUUCGCUUCGAGUCAUCCGAAAAGAGGCGGACGAGGUACCAGACAAGCGAGCUAAGUCCAUCGACGAAUUGACUAGACGUAGUCACUCAUUGCGUGCAGCGCGAACAAAGCAAGAUUCUAUCGAAGUCCAAGAGGCAGACAAAAGAUCGAGGCCCUCGGAUAGAAGAUUAGGGCGUAGUAGGUCUCUCCGAAUUGCACAAAACGCAAUAGACUACAUCGAUGAGAAGGAGAACGUCUCGAAAUCUGAGACUCAUAUCACCGCUUCCUCUCCCAGUCUUCACAAGGAACGGUACUCCAGUGCGCACUUGGCUAAGAGUCUUGAACCUGCAGCAUUUACGACGAGCGACGAAAGUGGUAUGUUCGAAGACGACGAAACGGUGGACAGUGUGUCGGCCCACGACAGGACGUUCGUACGAACCCCGACUGACUCGUCCAGAAUCCAAGUAUCACCGGAAAGCUUUCGGGAAUCGAGGCAUGCUCAGGGAAGCAUCCACAUGGCGCCGAGGUUUCCAGAGGGACUGGACUUCUGGAAACCGCCCGGGACAGGGUCCCUGUUCGCAAAGCUUUACCAGUCCUGGACGCAGGAAACAGCUGUUUCUCCUGCUGAAGCAGAAGACAACAGCCGAGUGAUGUUCCGUUCAGCUGCAAGCCUCUUCUUCAGGAAAGGUUUUGCAGCGCUACUACGGAAUGAAACACCUGGACCGGGUUACUACAACCCCAGCAUCGGUGAGCAGCUACGCUUCCCUCGCAUGCCAAGUUUUACGAUACGAAGAAAGCUCAAGUGUCCGAAGAAAGAGCCGACGCCCGCUCCCUGGGACUAUAGCCCAGACAAAGCUGAUCCUCUUGUGAGGCCCAUGUCGCCAUCUUACACCUUCGGACACAAGGGCGACUGUUGUCAUUGCCGAAGCACAAGUCCUGCUCCCGGCACCUACUGUCCAGAGAAAUCUGACACGGUUCUAGCGACGACACCGGCUUACACCUUUGGUUUCAAGCAUAAGGACCUUAGGCCUGACGAUGUUCCUGCACCCGGUGCCUACUGCCCCGAGAAAGCGGACACCGUGCUUGCGGUCACGCCAGCCUACACCUUCGGCAUCAAGCCCAAGGACGCUAAGCCCGACGAUAUCCCCGCACCGGGUGCAUAUAGACCUGAAAAGGCUGACUCUGUCCUGGUAAGAACACCUGCCUACACGUUCGGCGCCCGGCCGAAGGAUUCCAGGAAUGACGGCGUACCUGCUCCCGGCAAGUACAACGUACCGGGCACUGACACUUACAAGAGCAAGUCCCCCGCCUACACGCUCAGCUACCGCACAAACAUUCCCUCGGACCACACCAAGAAACCAGGGCCUGGAGCUCAUUCACCGGAGAGGGUCUGGAUGAACAAGAGUAGCUCACCCCGGUUCACCUUCGGCAUCCGGCACAGUCCGGUUGCCGAGACGCCCAAGCCCAAGUAGGACCUUCGCGUCAACCGACGCCCAAAACUACAGGAGCCCGAGAAGGACUAACGGCAGCUACGACACAGACUAUCAACGGCAGUCUACUGACAAGACCAACGCAACACCAGCGCAUCUUGGUCAUCGCAUCUACGCCGAUGCAUUGAACUAAGAACGCACAACCUGUUCAAACAUG